AUGUCAUCAACUGCUCGUGCUACUGAUGAAGGACGCAAAAAAUCACUGAAAAGAAAGAAAGUCGAUAUUGAUGAACAGAGUGAGACGAGUAUUAGUCACCAUGAACGUGAAAUUGAUUCGGACGAUGAAGUUCCAUCGAAUACAAUUGGAAGUGGUGUGCCGUUGAAAUGGUACGAUAAACACGAACACAUUGGUUAUGAUUUAAAUGCGAAAAAAGUUUAUAAACCAAUACAAUCUGGAAAAAAAUCGGAUGAAAUUGAUCAAUUUUUAGAAAAAAUGGAAAAUUCUGAUUAUUGGAGAACAGUUUAUGAUGAUUUAACUGGUCAAAAUGUAACAUUAACAAAUGAUGAUAUUAACUAUAUUCAACGAAUUAAAAAUGCUCAAACAAUCGGUGAUGAUGUUUAUGAACCGUGGCCGGACACAUUUUCAAGUGAAGUAAUGAUUCAUCCAAUAUUGAAUACACCAGAAUCAAAAGCAUCGUUUAUACCGUCGAAAUGGGAACGUUUGAAAGUUGGUAAAUAUGUUCAUGCAAUUAAAAUGGGUUGGGUUAAACCUCCACCUCCAAAAGAAGAUCCAUUGUUAUCAAAUACUUAUGAUUUAUGGUCCGAUGAUAAAACCGAUUUAAAUUUACCACGUUCAUAUAUUCCUGCACCAAAAUUAGAAUUACCUGGUCAUCGAGAAUCCUAUAAUCCAUCAAAUGAAUAUUUGUAUGAUGAUAACGAAUUAGAAAAAUUGAGACAAAAACUGGAAGAUGAUUAUGAUGAAGAUGAACGUAUGACAAAAACAUUAUUUAUACCACAAAAGUUUGACUGUUUAAGACGUGUACCAUCAUAUGAUAAUUUUAUUUAUGAACGAUUUCAACGUUGUCUAGACUUAUAUUUAUGUCCAAGACAAAAACGACUAAAAGCAAAUAUUACAGAUAUUAAUGACUUAAUUCCAAAAUUACCCAAACCACAAGAUUUACAACCGUUUCCAAUUGUUCAAUCAUUAAUCUACGAAGGACAUAAAUCCCAAAUACGUUGUUUAACAUGUCAUACCAACGGUCAGUGGUUAGCAAGUGGUAGUGAUGAUUGUACAGUGAGAGUUUGGGAAAUUGAAACAACAAGAUGUAUGAGAAUAUUGACAUUUAGUAGUCCUGUUUUGUCGUUAGAAUGGAACCCAGUAUUAUCAAUAUUAGCCGUGGCAUGUGAAGAUAAAGUUAUUAUGGUAAAUCCAAAGUUAGGUGAACAAGCAAAAACAUUGUUUACUGAUGAAUUUCUUAAACAAAUUCAAGUUAAUCAAUCUGAUGAUCAAAAUAAGGAUAUUCAUUGGUCAAACGAAGAAAAUGAUGAAUAUAUAAGGUUGGAAAUUAAGCAUUUUGCUCGCGUGAAACAAGUACAGUGGCAAGGACGUGGAGAUUAUUUUUCGUGUGUGUUAAAUACAACAGCACAACAAUCAAAAUCAAAAUCUGUUGUUAUACAUCAUCUGUCGAAGUGUCGUUCACAAUUUCCAUUUAAACAUUUGAAAGGUCAUGUUCAAUUCGUUAAAUUUCAUCCGAAUAAACCGAUUCUAUUCAUAUGUACUCAACAUGCAAUUAAAAUUUAUCACUUAAUACGUCAAGAAUUGUUGAAGCGAUUAUUUGUAAACACAAAAUGGAUAUCAUCGAUUGACAUUCAUCCACACGGAGAUAAUUUAAUUAUUGGAGGUUAUGAUUCAAGAAUUAACUGGUUUGAUUUAGAUUUAAGCGUGAAACCAUAUGAAACGUAUCGCUAUCAUAAACGUGCAAUUCGAUCAAUUAAAUAUCAUCAAAAAUUACCAUUGUUUGCAUCAGCUAGUGACGAUGGUUCAUGUGUUAUAUCACAUUGUAUGGUUUAUCAAGAUUUAUUAAAAAAUCCAUUAAUCGUACCAGUCAAAAUAUUGAGAGGACAUAAAAUAACCAAUGAUAUUGGUAUUUUAGAUUGUUUAUUUCAUCCUCAACAACCAUGGAUAUUUACAUCCGGAUCAGAUUCAACAAUUCGAUUAUAUACAAACUAA